AAAAUUGCUUUUUUAUUUCUUUCUUUUUUUUUUUUUUCCCUCAUUGUUACAGACUGAUGAAUGUCUCGUUUUCACACAAUUCUCCAUCUCCUUUACUUGUCCCAUAAAAUGCUUAAAAAUAAUAAUUAAAAAUUGCCCCCAACGACCCAAACUUGACUUUAUUAACAGACUCGCCCAUUUCCCUCUCUCUCGCAUACACAUACAUGACAUGAGAUCAGCUGAUGGAUCUCUCCAUUAUCUUCUUCAAUAGGAAUCGGUUUCUCUCUGGGGUUCUUUAUCAAACAGAUUGGUUUUGAUUUUAUUGCGGACAAAUACAGAAUAUCACUUUCUACGUAUUUAUAUGGAUCUCACUGCUUGCAAUUAUAUCCUUUGUUCUUUAGUUAUUUUUAGUUCUGAUUGCUUUGAGGUUUUGUUUAUUCUUUCUCCUUUCUUUCAUUCUUUCUUUCUUUCUUUCUCAUUAUCAAAUUGAGGACUGCAUAUAUGUUCGCUUAUUAUUCUUCUGCAUUUCAUCUUCUUUUUUUUUUUUUAAUUUUUUUUGUAAAUAUCAAUUCUUGGAGAACGUUUGGUCUAUUAAUUUUGUUAGUUUCACACACACAGACACAUAUAUAAGAAUAAAUGCGUAGCUUAUGUAUGCUGCUUCGUAGGUGAAGAGUCAUGGACUUUUUUUUUUGUUUGAUCACAGAGAAGUAAAUGAACUCUGAGACUAUUAUUUUCUGAACUUUUUAAUUUGAGAAAAUGUAAAUAAUUAAACUCUGUCAGAUAUUUGCUUGACCCUUUACUGCUAUAUAAAUGUAGGAGUACUAUUCCAAGUUUUGUAUAUUAAGAUUACAGUUUUUAAUAAUUGCUGAAGAUAGACAGAAACUUGACUGAGAAGGGACAAAGUGUGCCUACCAAUGUUCUUCAUUUCUGCCUACUGCAUGUGUUUGGAAGAUUCCUCGAAGAGUGGGUCUGUGAGUGGAUAUCUAUUAAUGUAUUCUAGAGAGUUUAUUGAGUUGUUGAUUCCUAUCACAGGUCGAAUGCAUGACUUUUGGUCAUUUUCCACAUCCACACCCUAUGUUCCAAUGCUUGAUUUUUGGUCACUUACUCCAUCCACACCCUUUGUUCAAAUAUUUAUUGUAUUAUUUGGCUAACCUCCAAGCAUUUUAUAUUUUUGCUGCAUGAGACUCCCUAAAUGCAGUUUAAUUUAGUCGAACUGAAUUUGUUUUUAGAACCAAAUUAAGUCCAAAUGUAUAAAUGAGGGAGACACAUACAGUGAUCCUCUUCCAAUCCAUAUACUUCAUGUGGAAGAUGAUUAAUUAAAAAAAUUUCAUGGAUGGAUGCUAAUUCUAUUAAUUAAUGCCUUCAUUGGAACAUUAUUUACUUUAUUCAGUCUGCCAUUGAUGUCAUAAUCACUUCUUUGCUGUUGAUUCCUCACAUGAGAAUGUUCUUUUUUUUUUUUUUAAUUUUUACCUGUUAUGUGGCUUAGUCUGAUUAUAUACUAUGACUUUGUGGUUUUGGCAACUUAAAACCAUUUCAGAGUGGCAACCUGUAAAGGAAUUUUUGACCUUCUGAACAAAGAGACUAUGGGGAAUAAGAUGAGGUAAAAUGCGUGAUUUAGUUGGUAAUCAUGAAAAACUUUGGACGUCAUUCAGUCAGAGGGAUCUUGAAGAGGAACUAAGUUGAUGCAAUGUCUUCAAGUAAAAACCCUAUGCAAGAGCUUAACAGUGAUAGUGCUCAGACUCAAAGUUCUAAUUCUAUAAACAGGCAUAACAUUGAAGCACAUCUUACACAGAGGAGGGUAAAUGGUGAUGAAAAUUUCAAUUAUUUUGAGGACAGAGAGGCAAUGGAACUUUAUUCGCGAGUGAGAGCACAGAAAGAAGAGAUUCAGAUUCUUCGUGAACAAAUUACAGCUGCCUGUGUUAGGGAGCUGCAACUGCUGAAUGAAAAAUAUGUGUUGGAGAGGAAGCUUUCUGACUUGAGAAUGGCAAUUGAUGAGAAGCAAAAUGAAGCUUUUACAUCUGCCUCAAAUGAAUUGGUCCGCAGAAAAGGUGAUCUUGAAGAAAAUUUAAAAUUGGCCAAUGAUUUGAAGGCUGUAGAUGAUGAGAGAUAUAUUUUCAUGUCAUCCAUGCUUGGCUUACUGGCUGAAUAUGGUGUUUGGCCCCAUGUCAUAAAUUCCUCUGCUGUAUCCAACAGUGUAAAGCGCCUACACGAUCAAUUGCAGUCAAAGAUUAGAACUUCACAUGAUAGAAUCAGAGAGUUGAUGGUGGGUGGUCAUAAUGUUAGUGAAUCUCGUGAUAAAGAUAAUACUGGUACUGUCAACUUGAUGCGUCAAUCUCCUAGACAAUCCACGGUACUACUGAAUGAAAAUGGCAUUUCUCCUUCUAAUCACCGUAUAGAUGAAUGGAAUCUGGAGCCAACUAAUAAAAUGAUGAGGUAUAGACGUGAAAUUGAUAUGGCAGACAAAAGAAGGUUAUUGUUUAAUGGGGAUAUGCAUCAGCAAUUAAACAAGAAUAAAUUUCCUGAGUUCUCAUUUGAUCCUUCUAGGAAGGUUGCUGAUCCCCUCUCCAACAGUUUAUUUGAUAAAGGUACCAUGAAUAUGAGAACAAGAGAUGCAACCAGGGACUUGCUGCAUAGUUCCAACACACAUGAUGAGAUUGCUUCCUCUGUUUCUGAAGAGGGUCCUGGAAUAGAGGGUUUUCAAAUUAUUGGUGAAGCUACACCUGGAGAAGAACUGCUUGGAUGCGGAUUCCCUGUGCGUGGAACAUCUCUUUGCAUGUUUCAGUGGGUUCGCCAUCUUGAGGAUGGCACUCGGCAAUAUAUUGAAGGAGCCACAAAUCCAGAAUAUGUUGUCACUGCUGAUGAUGUUGAUAAGCUGAUUGCUGUUGAGUGCAUACCUAUGGAUGACCAAGGCCGUCAGGGAGAACUGGUGAGGCUUUUUGCAAAUGAUCAGAACAAAAUAAAAUGUGACCCACAAAUGCAGCAGGAGAUUGACAUGUACAUCUCCAAAGGGGAAGCCACAUUUAGUGUUCAGUUGCUGACAGACUCUUCUGACCAUUGGAAGUCAGCAACUCUUGUUUUGCAACAAUCAGGCUAUCAAAUACAGAGCAGUAGUGAGGAAGUUGUGCUGAUUGCAGAGAAAUUUUCAAAGAACUUAUCAAUUAAAAUUCCUUUUGGAGUCUCAACGCAGUUUGUUUUAACGUAUUCUAAUGGAUCUUCUCAUCCUCUCAAUACAUAUGAUGUUAGGACCCGUGAUAUGCUUGUGUUGAUCAUGAGAAUGUUCCAAAGCAAGGCACUGGAUGAUAAAAGGAAGGGUAGAGCAUAAGACCACAAAUUCUCGCGGAUGUUACAGUACUGUUUAUAGUGAAAUUCAUUCAUGCAGAAGAUGAGAGAAGGCAAUAAAUCUGCAGGAAGUUUUGCACGUAUGAGAAAAACUUUCAUUCGAUUAUUAAUUUUCUGUAUUAUAAUUGUUCAGUUCAAAUAUGACUCAGAACACUUCUAAAACUUCAUCUCUUGUUGUUUAAGUUACUGCUUGUAGUUAAUAUCUAAUUUAUAAUAAAGUCAAUUUAAUUGAAGAAA